GAAUAUCAAAUCAGAAGGAGAAAGAGGAGAAUAUCAAAUCAGAAGAAGAAAGAGGAGAAUAUCAAAUCAGAAGAAGAAAGAGGAGAAUAUCAAAUUGAAAGAGAAGAAUAUCAAAUCAGAAGGAGAGAAGAAUAUCAAAUCAGAAGGAGAGAAGAAUAUCAAAUCAGAAGGAGAAAGGAAUAUCAAAUCAGAAGAAGAGAAGAAUAUCAAAUCAGAAGGAGAGAGGAAUAUCAAAUCAGAAGGAGAAAGGAAUAUCAAAUCAGAAGGAGAAAGAGAGGAAUAUCAAAUCAGAAGGAGAAAGAGACCUGCUCAGUGCGCUCUAGUGGAUCAGUUGUUGGGCGAUGGAAGGAGGUCAGAGACAAAGUUUCCGUGCUGCCUUCAAAAACGAUUAAAAAAAAAAAGUUGCUCGGGCCUGAAUUCGAACACAAGUCUCUAAAUACAAGCUAA